CUGAUCAAUUAUUGUUGUUAACGUUGAGCGAAGUGAAAGUUCGCGAAGAGACUACUGCGCCUUUCAACGCCAUCCUCGACACUUAAACCUUGCAGCAAUCUCGACACAUUUUAGGGAAACAUCUGGGAGUUUCACUGCCCUCAAGGGCUGCAACACCCAACAUUGGGCCGCGAGCGAUGGCAUACAAGCCUGUUGACUACUCAAAAUGGGACAAUAUCGACACCGAUUCAGAUUCUGAUGACGGGCGCGCGCCGGUGCCUGCGCCUCGGCGCGCCGCAGCCACACCCGCCGCACCCGCCGCACCCGCAGCCGCACCCGCCGCCGCAGCCGCUGCCGCUGCCGCCCCGCCCGAACGCACCUUCGAGUCCUUCCCCGUUGGCGCGGCUGUGACGGUGCUGGGCCCUCAGGACAGAGAGGGGCGACCAAGCAAUGCAACGCAGCCUGGCUUCUAUCGCCAGACGCCUGUGCAGCCGCUGCCGAGCCGCGCGCGACCCGCCCCGCUGCCCGAGACCCCCCGCCCGGGGGAGGUGGUGUGCACGUACGCGCCCUGCUCUGGCGACACGUCGUGUCAGUUCUUCCGGACCACCUCCCUGCCGCGCGACCACGCCGCGUUCACCCAGGGUGUGCCGAGCCCUGUCGCAGCGCUGGUGGGCUUGCCGCUGCUGGUGCACAGACUGGACCCGCGGCGCGCGCUGACCAUCCCCCGCUCGCCGACGUACGACAACCAGCGGGUGACGUACAUGAUGAUCGAGCCGCACACGGGCUUCGCGCCCGGCAAGUGGCAGCAGGGCGUGGGCUCGGCGGUGCUGGUGCGCGCCGACCGCAAGCCGCUGCCGCGACAGCACGUGGAGGCGUUCUGGGAGUUCUGCCAGCACCUGCUGGACAUGUUCGGAGGCGGCGACACGCCCAACCCAGCGGAGGACAUGUCGCCGGCCGCCUGGCAGAUGUUUUUCGACAUGUAUAAGGCCGACAACGCCGAGCGCCGGCCGGAGUGGCGGGACGUGUGGCGGCCGUGGGAGGCGCCGCCGCCGCCGGACGUGGACUGACGGGCGGCGCGGACUGAUGGUGCGCGGCGCGCGCGAUGACGCAACGCCUGUGUGGCGGCUGGCUAGCUAGGGGCUGGCGGGCGCUCCGCGUGUCGCUGCAGCGGAGCCUGGCGGCUGCUGCUGCUGCCUGGCGGCUGCCUGCUGCGUUGCUUGGGCCGACUGCUAGGCUGCUAGAUAGCAGGUGCCGCAGAUCGGUGGCGCUGCUUAGCGGCGGCUUGCGGUGCGAAGACAGCGAGAUGGAUGCUUGGAUAGAUCCAUGGCCGUGUCUGUCGUCCGCAGCAUGUGGUGGCACAGGGCGGCAGUUAUGGCUCGCGAGGGCUGGCUGCUGGGCUUCUAGACAGCAGUUGCUUUGCGGCAUGUUUUGUUUGCUGCGCGGCGCUGGGGCGUAAGCUGGUGUUGGCAGCGUUUAUUGCACUAGAAAGCGCGAGGAAGCGAGAUGCGGCUGACCGGCUGUGCUCCAGCCCGGCCGGUGUGGUGCUGGAGGGCGACUGAGAGUGAGAGGCGGAGGUGGCAGCUGCGGCGUGUGGAGGUGGCAGCUACGGCAUGUGGAGUGGCGGCGGCUGCGGCGUGUGGCGGCGGCAGCUACGGCGCUGGCGGCGGCUGCGGCGUGUGGAGGUGGCAGCUACGGCGUGUGGAGUGGCGGCGGCUGCGGCGUGUGGAGUGGCGGCAGCUGCGGCGUGUGGAGGUGGCAGCUGCGGCGUGUGGAGGUGGCAGCUACGGCGUGUGGAGGCGGCAGCUACGGCGUGUGGAGUGGCGGCGGCUGCGGCGUGUGGAGGUGGCAGCUACGGCGCGGUGGCCGUGCACUGCUGCCGCGAGUGCCAGGUGCCGCACUGGCGGGUGGGCACAAGGCGGCGUGGGGCAGAAAGAAGGCGUAGGCCACAGGGCGCGCAUGGUUGAAAUCGUUGAUUCGUUGAACCCACAAGCUUCACACCAGGACGGCUUGCGCUGGGGAAUGGCUGCGCUGUGCUGACCCGGGUGGGGGAAGCAUGGAAGGGCCGAGGGGUAAGGAGGCGCCGCGGGGGAAUGAAACUGCCGCGCAUGA